AUGCUCCAGAGGAAGAUGCCCGCCUGGGUCUCCCACGACCUGCCAGACCCAUGCACAGCAAAAGACAGCAGACCCUCAACCACCUGUGCCCCAGAGGAGGGACUGUCUCCAUGCCACCUGCUGACACUGAGGGUCAUCCGGAUGAAAAAUGUCCGUCAGGCUGACGUGUUGAGCCAGACAGACUGCUUUGUGACCCUCUGGCUGCCCACAGCCUCUUGUGAAAAGCUGAGGACUAAGACGAUCUCCAACUGCUCAAACCCAGAGUGGAAUGAAACCUUCAACUUCCAGAUCCAGAGCCAAGUGAAGAACAUUUUAGAGCUGAGCGUCUGUGAUGAAGACACAGUGACGCCAGACGACCAUCUCUUGACAGUUCUCUAUGACCUCACCAAGCUCUGCUUCCGAAAGAAAACCCACGUGAAAUUCCCACUUAACCCUGAGGGCAUGGAGGAGCUGGAGGUAGAGUUCCUGCUGGAGGAGAGUCCCUCUGCACCUGAGACCCUCAUCACCAACGGUGUCCUGGUGUCCCGGCAAAUCUCCCGUUUGGAGGUACACGCAGAAGCCAGGCGUCAGAGGAAGAGCAGGAAAAAGGAGGGCCUCUUGGUGACGGUGCACGAGUCCUUUGAACACACCCAGCACCUCUUGCCCUGCCUGGAGCCCUGCCACCCAGACCCUGCCUGCUUCCACUACCCCAAGUACUUCCAGCCCCGGAUAUGUGUGGAGGUGCCCAAGAGCCACUGGAGCUGUGGGCUUUGCUGCUGCAGAGCCCGCAAGAGCAGCCCUGUCUGCCAGCCCCUGGACUGCCUUCCCGAUGGCCAUAUCAUGACCCUGCCUGUGGGUGAGAACUGUGAAUUACACAUGAAGUCUACAGACUGCCCCGACGUGCUGGACGUGCGGCUGGGCUACAGCCUGUGCCCGGCAGAGCUGGAGUUCCUGGAGAAGCGGAAGGUGGUGGUAGCUCGGGCGCUGAAGCAGGUGCUGCAGCUGGAGGAGGACCUGCAGGCAGAUGAGGUACCGCUGAUAGCCAUCAUGGCCACCGGGGGAGGGACAAGAUCCAUGACCUCCAUGUACGGCCACCUGCUGGGGCUGCAGAAGCUGAACAUCCUGAACUGUGCCGCCUAUAUCGCCGGCCUGUCAGGGGCCACCUGGACCAUGGCUACCUUGUACCAAGACCCCGAAUGGUCCUCCAAAAACCUGGAGCCUGCUGUCUUCGAGGCCCGGAGGCAUGUAGUCAAGGACAAGCUACCAGCUCUGUUCCCAGACCAGCUCCUUAAAUACAAGGAGGAACUCCGGCAGCGUAGCCAGGAAGGCUACAGGGUCACCUUUAAUGACUUCUGGGGCCUGCUGAUCGAGGCCUGUCUGGGAGACAAGAGAAACGAAUGCAAACUGUCAGAGCAGCGAGCCGCUCUGUGCCGAGGCCAGAACCCCCUGCCCAUCUACCUCACCAUCAAUGUCAAGGAUGAUGUAAGCAACCAAGACUUCAGAGAGUGGUGUGAGUUCUCCCCCUACGAGGUGGGCCUGCAGAAGUACGGGGCCUUCGUCCCCACCGAGCUCUUCGGCUCCGAGUUCUUCAUGGGGCGGCUGACGAAGAGGAUCCCUGAGUCGCAAAUGUGCUACAUGCUAGGUUUGUGGAGCAGCAUCUUCUCCCUGAACCUGCUGGAUGCCUGGAACCUGUCCCAUACCUCGGAGGAGUUUUUCCACAGGUGGACGAGAGAGAGAGUGCAUGAUAUUGAAGACGAGCCGCUCCUGCCUGAAAUCCCCAAAUGUGACGCCAACGCCCUGGAGACCACGGUGGUGAUCCCAGGGUCAUGGCUGUCCAACACUUUCCGCGACAUCCUCACCCAUCGGUCCUUUGUGUCUGAGUUCCACAACUUCCUGAGGGGGCUGCAGCUGCACACCGACUACCUCCAGAACGGCCAGUUCUCCAAGUGGAAAGACACAGUUCUCGACGGCUUCCCAAACCAGCUGACGGAGUCCGUGAACCACUUGUGCCUGCUGGACACUGCGUUCUUUGUCAACUCCUGCUACCCACCCCUUCUACGGCCAGAGAGGAAAGCUGACCUCAUCAUCCACCUCAAUUACUGUGCCGGGUCCCAGACCAAGCCCAUGAAGCAAACCUGUGAGUACUGCACCGUGCAGAACAUCCCCUUCCCCAGAUAUGAGCUGCAAGAAGACGACGACCAUCUCAAGGAAUGCUACCUGAUGGAGAACCCCCAGGACCCCGAAGCCCCCAUUGUGGCUUUCUUCCCGCUCAUCAAUGGCACCUUCCAAAAGUACAAGGCCCCAGGUGUGGAGCGAAGCCCUGAAGAGCUGGAGCAUGGCCAGGUUGACAUUUAUGGUCCCAAAACUCCCUACGCCACCAAGGAGCUGACAUACACAGAAGCCGCCUUUGACAAGCUGGUGAAGCUGUCUGAGUACAACAUCCUGAACAACAGCGACAAGCUCCUUCAGGCCCUGCGACUGGCGGUGGAGAAGAAGAAACGCCUGAAGGGCCAGUGUCCCUCCUGAGCCCAGGGGAGCCUCGAGGAUCCUGAGUCUGCUUCUGACGUCAGAGGCAUGGGGCCCAUCAGGGUCGGGCAGCCUGCAGCCCAUCUGCUGUCUGGCAAACGGUGCAGAUAGGCUGGCCUGGGCUUUUCAUCAAAAAAUUAAAACUUAAAAUGAAAUGUUGAGGGAGACAAAGACAGAGACAAAGGGAAAAACAAGGGGGAAUGUAUUGGGAUUUUAUAUUCACUGGAGAUUUUUUUUAACUCUUCCCUGCAGGGAAGGGAGUCUGAUAGCCACCAAACCCACUGCUGUUGAGUCAAUUCCGACUCAUAGUGACCCUAUAGGACAGAAUAGAACUGCCCCACGGGGUUUCCAAGGCUGUAACCUUUACCAAAGCAGACUGCCCCAUCUUUCUCCCCCAGAGUAUCUGGUGGGUUCAAACCACCGACCUUUCGGUUAGCAGCCAAGCACCUUAACCAAUGCACAACUAGGGCUCCUUCUGAUAGCCACAGGCUCUCACAGAUACUUAGGGUGAGGAGAGUUCAAUCCCGGCCUGAGGAAGAGGCUGGUUCCCCAGAAACCUCGGACUCAGAGCUGGAGCGGGAGGCCCACAUGGCCCUCCUGUGUGCUUUCUCUCUGCCUCCUGACACGGAGCAAUGCACUAGAGGGCCUGAGAAGCACUCUGGGUUUCUCUGGAAAAACAAUUUUUUUUUUUUUUUAAUUUAAGGAGAUUGUACUCCUGUAAUUUUUAUAGGCAAUCAUAUUUUGUGGUUUUUAUUUUUUAUGAGUCAGGAUAUCAAUAGGAAGCAUGAUGCUGGCAAAUCUAGAUGGAGCACUAGAGACACCCCGGUCUCUUCAACAAUAAAGCCAGACAGGUGACCAGGUCUCAGAGACGCCCCUCCAGCUACUCACCCAGGACCAGUGAUUUACAUGAUUCCCACCAAGUUGGAUGCCAGUUCGAAGCAUCCAGCUUCAAUCGAAUGCCCAAGUCUGCAGCUCAGGUUCACUGAACGAGCAUCUGGGAUGUAGCUCAGAGAGCUUUGGGUAAAUGGACUCAGGCACCAGGGUAUAGUGCGCAAUGCUGCCAGGGCCAACCACUCCAAAAGGCCAAUGUUCACUGACAAACCUGCUCCAGGAGCACUCCUCAGUUCUCUUACCUCUCUGGUUUCCAGAUGAGAUUAUUUAUUUUUAAAUGUGAUUCUUCUCAUUUAUCAUGGAAACACUGUGGCCAGCAUGCCCUAACUCUUGGUGAGUCACCCAGAGAGAAGGAGCAACCCAGAAAGGACUAAGUUAACCAUCUGAGAAAGAAGCCCACCUUUGGAGAUAAUUUCCAGAUGAAUGGCUGGGAAAGACCUGGGUUACAGAGAAUCAAUGCAUACAAUAAAAUCAGUACAAUACUUUCCAAAACAAUACACAAUACAUACAGACACAAUACAUACCAUCACGGUAACAGGUCUACCAUCAGGCUGGAAAGUUAACUAAACAAAGUUGUAACCUAAGCUGUUGAGAUGUCGAAGCUGGUGGAAGGCAUAACCAGAAAGGCACGUGGUCCCUUUGAACCCAGUAAGCCUGGAAGUCCUGGCCCUCUGUGGAGAGCCACCAUGCUCCUAAAGCAGUCCUUUGGUUGUCAGAAGAUGAGUGGUGACAAGUGCCAAAAAUAUUUUUAAAAAAUGAAAUAAAAUAAAAGGCCUCUGAUUUACAUUCUUGCUACCCAAAGUAUGGUGGGAAGCUGGUUACAAAUGCAGAGACUCAGGCCUUCACCCCAGCCAUACUGAAUCAGAACCUGCAUUUUAAGGAGAAUGCCCAUCUCUCUUACCCCUCCCAGGUGAUUCCUAUGCCCGUUAAGAUUCGAGAGGUAUAGAUUUAUGCUACUCUCCCCAUAAGUUCAGUUAGCAGGAACCAAUCAACUCGCUUGAGCCACUGUUAAACUAUGCUUCAAAACUGCAAAACCGGUUCACAUCCAGGUCAUGCUCACCUGGGACACACACCCCCAGCCCCCCCGAGAGCAUCCAGCUGCCUCCACUUUGGCAUCUUUCCAAUAGCAACAGUCUCAAAUUAUCAGAGUAAGCCAAACAACAAGAGCUGUUUGCUGUAAGGUAUAGGCAGCUACACCUCAGAUUCGUCAAAGUAUGUAAAAUGGCAUUUAUAAAACCAUGGUAUUAUUAUAUGAGCAUAGAAUAAAAUGGCUGGUCAUAUGGGUAAAACGCUUUUGACACUGCUUCUUUCAUUAUCAGAUGUUGCAAAACACCUGCCCUCAUCCAUGUUCAUCUUCCCACUCAGCUUCCUACUCGUCAUUUCCAGAGGGUUAGUUCUAAAGGAUCACUAUCACCCCAUCCUUCCUCUCUGCAGAAGUCUUCAUUUUUUACUGCAGGGGUCCCCACUUCUUGUGAGGAGACACU